ACUCCCUUUUAACAGGAAGAAACCUCCAGCAGAAACAGGCUCAGUGUGAGCGGCCAUCUGCCAUUCCAAACCCUCCAAAUGUUGUGAAAAGCAGCCCAAAAUUUAACAACCGGUCCAAAGCUAUUUUCCUCCAGCCCAACAUGUUCAAAAGAAGCCCAACUGGGAGGAAACCAGUCCAGUCUGGCAAAUUGCAGAGCACUGUACAGUUUACCCCAUUCCCAUAAAGAAAACACUAAUCAACAGCAACCAUAAACAUGCCAGAGCAUGUGUAUGCAUGAUGAUGCACUGCAUGGAAGCAUGCUUGAGUUGUAAUGAAUGCGUUAACAAUUUGAAUGUACAUGUCGGGGGUAUUUGGAGCCCUUAAAAAUAUAUAAAACGUUUGGAUUUGUCAAAUUUGAAAAACGCUGUGCAGCAUCCUCAAGCCUAUUUUACUGAGAGGAACUGGACUCGCUGUUUCUCACCACAGUUGGUGCAGGGGUCAGUGGAUGUUUGUGGAACUGCAAGUCCCAGAGAUCCAAGUAGGACCAUAGAACCAGGACCUGUCGCUCUGACUGGAGAACAUGGCAGCUCCGUCCACAGGCACAUGCGGGCUCAUGGAGCGCUCGGUCCGGGAGCGGGUCCCACCUCUGCUCACCGACCUGUACCAGUUCACCAUGGCAUACGCGUACUGGCGGGCCGGCCGACACCAGGAGCCCGCAGUGUUCGAGCUGUUUUUCAGGGACAACCCGUUCGACGGCGGCUUCUCGCUGUUCGCUGGGCUGCAUGACUGCCUGUUGUUCCUGCGGAGCUUUCGCAUCACAGACCGAGAUGUGGAGUUCCUGCGCGUCAUCCUGCCUCCCAACACCGACCCUGCUUUCUUCGACUUCCUGAGAGGCAUUGACUGUUCGACUGUGACGGUCCGCUCCGUGCCAGAGGGCUCCGUGGUGUUUGCCAGGGUUCCACUGAUGGAGGUGGAGGGUCCACUGGCUGUGGUUCAGCUGCUGGAGACCAGUUUACUGUGUCUGGUCAAUUAUGCCAGUCUGGUGUGCAGUAACGCUGCUCGUUUCCGUCUGGCGGCUGGACACCAGAGGAAGCUGCUGGAGAUGGGCCUCAGACGGGCUCAGGGACCAGACGGAGGCCUCACUGCCUCACGUUACACACACAUUGGAGGAUUUGAUCUCACCAGUAACGUUCAGGCUGGUUUCCUUUUUGGGAUCCCUGUUGCUGGGACAAUGGCGCACUCCUAUGUCACUUCCUUCAGCUCCUUGGAGGAGGUUUGGCCACAGACACUUGUGACAGCAAGCGGAGACCCCGAUCCAGUCGAUGCCAUUUCUCUGACUAAAGUCUGGUUGAGGCGGGUCUGUGAUCUCCUGGGAGCAGAACCGGGGAAAAUCCACGAGGGUGAACUGGCAGCGUUUCUCUCCUACGCCAUUGCCUACCCUCAGAACUUCCUGCCUGUGAUUGACAGCUACAGCGUGGGAUGUAGUGGACUGUUGAACUUCUGUGCCGUGGCCUUGGCGCUUUGUGAACUGGGUUACAAACCUGUGGGGGUCCGGCUGGACAGCGGAGACCUCUGCAGGCAGUCCAUGGAAGUCCGUCGGGUCUUUAGACUCUGCAGUGAGCAGUUUUCCGCAUCAACUUUUAAUUCUCUGACCAUCGUAGGGUCCAACAACAUCUCAGAGGAAACCAUGAUUGAACUCAACAAGAAGGCAAAUGAGAUCAAUGUAGUCGGCGUUGGAACACAUCUGGUCACCUGCACCAAACAGCCGUCUCUGGGCUGUGUGUAUAAGCUGGUGGAGGUGAGGGGAAGACCGAGGAUGAAGAUCAGCGAGGACCCAGAGAAAACCACUGUUGCAGGGAGGAAAGCCAUCUAUCGGUUGUUAGAUGAUGACGGUCAUCCUUUUCUGGACUUGUUGUGUCUGAACGUCGAGCCUCCUCCUGAGGCAGGGUGUACAUUGACCUGUUAUCCUCUAGGGGGCGACAACUCAGCUGUUUCAGUCACUCCAGCACAGGUGACCUGUCUGCGAAGGGAAGUUUUCUUAAAAGGGCAGGUCACAGAGCCUCUUUGCAGCGCUGCAGAAACUAGAGCAAAGGUCCAGAGCUCCCUGCAGACUCUGCACCCUCGACAUAAGAUGUUGCAGGAGCCUGACUCAUACACGGUGGCGCUUUCAAAGAAACUCCACAACUUGGUCACAGAGCUCCAAAAAGGAAGCAGCAAUGACAGCAACUUUCUGUUAGCCAACUAAAAAUAUAUUUUUUUAUUUCAGUCUUUUUCCAAAGUGCCUCAAAGUAAAAUGUGCAUCGGCUGAAACUGACAUCUUUCACUAGCACUGAUUGACUUUGUAGAUCGGUAAAAAUAAGCAGGGGGAGUUCUGAGUUUGUGGAGAUAAAGAGAUCAUUUAACUAAAUGUUAUUUGCCAUUUAACUUUUUUGCAAGCAUGUUUUAUAAAAAUCUGGCAAAUAAAAUGUACGUGCAUCUUGGGCUACCUUCAUGUUUCAGGUUUUAAUACUUUUAUACUGACUUCAAUCCAGUAUAAAAGGUAUAUGGUCAGAUGCAAUGACAUAACAGUCGGAUAAAAUGCGACAUGACCGUUCAGACUGAGGUUACUUUAAAAAGAUCAGACAAGUAAGGAGCCUGGUCUAGUUUUAGAAAAUCACAAUUAUUCUGCUCAGACAUAAAAGAUCAGACCUUCAGUGUGUUUGUAGCCCUGGUUUAUAGCCAUAUUCCAUAAAUUAGAAUGUUAUUAAAAAGUUUAUUUCAUUGAGUCAACUCAUUUAGUAAAACAUAUUAUAUAGAAUAUAAUCAAUAUAUAUAGUCUGUGAACACAAAGACUGAUGUUUUCAGGUCUUUAUUUCUGGUAAUUAUGAUUUUCCACUAACAGCUAAUGAGAACAUAACAUUUAAGAUAAUAUUACAUCCAACCAAUCAAAACAGAAACAGAAAUGAGCCUCAUCAGAGCACAUAUUCUAGUUUAAUGAAUAUGACUUUAUAUGAUAGCCACGUGCAGAAGGCCAGCUAAAUUGCAUUAGAGUUUAUAGAAUGUGUCCUGAAAUUUUGUGAAAUAUGUUUUGAAAAUCUAAGAAAAGUGAUUUAAAAGUUUUUAAAACUGAUUUAAUCAAAUUUAUGUUCCUUUUCGUUAGGGAUGAAUAUGUGGAUUAACAUCAGUGUCAGCCGAUGUUAGCGAUUUCUUAACCUAUUUAUAUCGGUCCCUUAAGUAAAACUGAGCCGAUAAGCAACCAAUGUUUAUUUCCAUCUUGUUUGCAUUGGUGUAUGUUUCGUAAUGGGAAGGGGAGGGGGUCGGCCGUGUGGUAUUUGUUUGGCAUGUGAUAGUAUUGCAGCACAGGAUUGUGGGGUUUUUAACUGAAGCAGAGAAGCAAUGUUAGCAAUGUGGUUGUUUUUUCACAAUGUCAAAAGAGUACGAAAAACAUAUAUAAUGUUGGUAAAUAUCGGUUAUCGACCAUAGUAGCAAUAUUAAUAUUGGAUAUAGAUAUAUUUUUAAUUGCCUUAGUUUUUUGUUUUAAAAUUCUCUUUAUAGGGGUUGUCUGUUUAAGCACCUUCCCCUUGGUUAAGUCUCCUCCUUCAGACUUUUGAUUGGUGGAUUUGUUUUCAGUUAGAAGUUAGUUUAGAGACAGGUGUUAAAUAUGUGGCAUGUAGACAGUGGUCCAUACUAUAUGAAUCCAAAUGAAGAACGAACAUUUUUAUGUCUAAUUUCUUUUUUAAAUCGUUAUUUAAUCAGAUAUGUUUCUUUUAAAACAAAAUUAAAGUAGCUCUUCAGCUAAAUCCUACUUAUAACUUUAAAAAAGAAGAGAAAACAAAAGAUUAAACAGAGAAAGCUUUGAAACAUUUUUCAUAAAUAUCUUGAAAAGACGUAGCUUUUAUGUGGAUUCUUACAACUUUUAUGAUUAAUUACAUCCUCAAAAAGCGACAGUGAAUGAUACAAUUCAGCAAAACCUUUGCUUUUCUGGUUAAAGCUCCAUUGAUCUCAAUCUGCUGAGGAAUGCAAAUUAGGAACAUGUGAGGCUUAUGAUUAAAUCUGUCAUAAGUACGACCAAACUCUGAAAUGGUGUUUGUAAGCUCACCUCAAAUGUACAUCACAAUAUUGUGUAUUUGUAUCUGUUUUUAUUUUGUGUCAUAAAUUCACUUACAACUUCA